ACACACUUCAAUAUGAUGUCCCACUGACAAGAGAAAGAAAUUGAAAAAUUAUGGCAGUUGAUAUUGACAAGAGAAAGCAAGAGGAGAAAGAAACCAAAACCCUCGUCUAUAAAUUUUGAAUACUAGCUACAGUGUUGGUGUAUUAUUGAUAUUGAAGAAGUGAAAUGGUAGGACCAGUGAGACCUCAAUUUGUGUUGUUUGGUUCGUCCAUAGUUGAAUUCAGUUAUAGUAAUGAAGGUUGGGGAGCUAUUCUUGCCAAUUUCUAUGCUCGCAAGGCAGAUAUAAUUUUGCGAGGAUAUGCUGGUUGGAAUUCAAGGUGUGCUCUGCAGGUUCUGGAUAUAAUAUUUCCCAAGGAUGCCACUAUUCAACCAUCACUGGUGAUUGUGUACUUUGGUGGUAAUGAUUCUACUCAUCCACAUCCAUCAAGCCAUGGUCUUCAUGUACCCCUCCAAGAAUACAUUGAAAAUAUGAGGAAAAUUGCUACCCAUCUUAUGAGCCUUUCAAAGAAGACUCGCAUAAUAUUUCUUACUUGCCCUCCCAUCAAUGAGACACAAAUGCAUGAAACGCUCAGUCAUCUGGGGCAAAUAAGAAGGACUAAUGAAUCGUGUCGAGUAUACUCGGAAGCGUGUUUGGAGUUGUGCCGCGAGAUGAAUGUGAAGGCCAUUGAUAUGUGGUCUGCACUGCAGCAAAGACAUGACUGGUUGGAUGUUUGCUUCACGAAAAGUGCUUUUGGUUCAUUUGAUGGGGUGGUGUUUGAUAGGGAUGGAAUUCAUUUAUCAUCUGAGGGGAGCAAGAUAGUGGCUAAAGAGAUAUUGAAGGUCCUCAGAGAAGCAGACUGGGAACCUAGUCUGCACUGGAACUCAAUGCCAAAUGAGUUUGCUUAAGAUUCAUCAUAUGAUCCAAUUGGUGCGGAUAACAAAACUCCAAUAAAUGUCUCCAACUUGAACUUCCAGGGAAAUUCUCAACUGGAGUAGACUUUUUUGCGUUUUCAAGCUACGGAAAUGCCCAUAUUUUGUAGAAUGAAUCACAAAGUAGCAGGAAUUUGAAAAAUUUUGUUGUGCUUAAAGAAAUUUGGUGUUGUUAGUGCAUAUUGAGCAACUGAUCGAGUUAUAUCUAAUUUUGAGCGAGUGAAUGUUGGGAAAUUGUGAUUGCCUCGGGUCAGACUUUUAAUAUAUAUUAUGCAAAAUUAAAGCCUUGACUUA